ACAUCUUUAGUCAUAACCACCUCUCGGACCCGGCACUAUGCAUUGGUCCUCUCGCCUGCUACUCGCUCCUUGUCUGCAUCGUCGACAAGCUCUACGUCAUCCCAGAGGCAGAAGCAAGCCACCCAGACCACCCUUCACUUUGCAGAACAGGCCAACCUGGAGCCAGAGCUAACUCGGGUAUACUGUACAUCACAUCUGUCGCGUUCACAUUCGACAUCUCAACUGCUCGGUUCAGUCAGCCAUCCCUCAUCCCUGAUCGACCGGCACAGGGUGGUGUUUCUCAAGAAGACCUCUCGUUGGAACACUAGUUCGCUAGAGGUACUUGAAUUCAAAAUGGCCCAGGCAGGCAUGAAGAAGCUCACCGACGAGACCGCCAUCGUCGUCCUCGGUGCAUCGGGCGACUUGGCAAAGAAAAAGACUUACCCAGCCCUCUUCAACCUCUUUCGCCUUGACUUGCUUCCCAAGGGCACCUCGAUCAUCGGCUAUGCACGCACCAAGAUGGACCAGCCCACCUUCCACGGCAAGAUCAGCCAGUACCUCAAGAAUGUCGACAGCGACGAAGGCUCCAAGGCCAAGGCAGAGUUCCUCAAGCUCUGCACCUAUCUGCCAGGUGCCUAUGACGAAGAUGCCGCUUUCAAAAACCUCAACAAGGAGAUGGAGAAGAUCGAACAGGAGCGUGGAGCAUCCGAAGCGCAUCGACUCUUCUACAUGGCUCUACCCCCCAACGUUUUUACUGUCGUCGCAAAAGGUUUGAAGAACAAUUGCUACUCGCAGCGCGGCUCCAACCGGAUCGUCAUCGAGAAGCCAUUUGGAAAGGACCUCGACACUUGCCGGGAGAUGAUGGGCGCACUCAAACCCCUGUGGAAGGAGGAGGAGACAUUCCGCAUUGAUCACUACCUUGGCAAAGAGAUGGUCAAGAAUAUUCUCAUCAUGCGCUUCGGCAACCCCAUCAUCGACGCCACGCUGAACAGCCAGUACGUUGACAAUGUGCAGAUCACCUUCAAGGAGCCGUUCGGCACCGAGGGGCGCGGCGGCUACUUUGAUGAAUUCGGCAUCGUUCGGGAUAUUCAGCAGAAUCACCUGUCGCAAGUGCUGUCGCUACUCGCUAUGGAGCGGCCGAAGACUUUUGGCGCCGAGGAUAUUCGAGACAGGAAGGUUGAGGUGCUGCAGCACGUUCCGGCGAUCAAGGAGGAGGACGUGCUGAUCGGCCAGUACACUGCCGCCAACGGCAAGCCUGGCUAUAAGGACGACGACACUGUCCCCAAGGACUCAAACUGCCCAACGUUUGCCGCACUCACCCUGUGGAUCAACUCGCAAAGGUGGAAGGGUGUUCCAUUCGUGCUCAAGGCAGGCAAAGCCCUGGAUGAAGCCAAGGUCGAGAUCCGGGUGCAGUACAAGGAUGCGCCGGGGGAUUUGUUUGGAAGCGACGCAAGCAGCAGCAGCAGUAACGACAAGAGCAGGCCGGCGCUCAUCCGCAACGAGCUUGUCCUGCGCAUCCAGCCGAACGAGGCAGUGUACUUCAAGAUGAACGCCAAGGCGCCCGGUCUGGCCUUUGAGCCGCUGCCGGCGGAUCUGGAUCUGACAUACAAGGACCGCUUCUCGGACGCGCGCAUUCCGGAGGCAUACGAAGCGCUCAUCCUCGAUGCGCUGCAGGGCGACCACAGCAACUUCGUACGCGAUGACGAGCUCGACGUCAGCUGGAAGAUUUUCACGCCCAUCUUGCACGCCAUCGACGCGGGCAAGCUCAAGAAUGAGCCGUAUCAGUAUGGGUCCCGUGGUCCGGCCAGCCUGGACAAGUUUGUGGAAAAGUAUGGAUUUCAGCGAGACAACCAAGACUAUGAGUGGCCAAAGACUAAUGUGGCGCGCAAGCUCAGCGCUAAGCACUAGCUCGAAGCUGUAGCUCGUUUCUGACUGUUAAUCGCGAAGGAGUUGGGCAGGACCACCGCGCGCGCAGGUCGCGUAAAGAUCUGAACGCAACACAUGCACCGAAAAAGUCGAUUUAGGGUGGGUAUACUAACGAAGAGACGAUGCUGCAUCUGGUGUCAAGAUUGCCCUCGCUUACGGGCGUAUUGUAAUCUCGUUGAACUAGACAAGUUGAUCCCGACGCAUUUUGAUAGGCAGACAUGCGGGCAGGAAGGAUGGGAAGGACUGGCGACUUGAGAGGAGCAAAGCCAACGGCGUGGCUACGUAGUAUACAUUGCUGCUACGAGUGCAAUCUCUAUCACAAGCGGGGCCAGGCGUCCAAUUUUGGUGUGUCGAAAUGAUAGAGACAAGCUCCUGAUGUCCCCGAAAUGCCGACGAGGCAUCAGUAC